CCCCAAGAACUGCAUCAAUAAAUGGCAAAGCUCUCUUUAAUUAAAUGGAAAUGGAGGCGAAUGUGAAAGAGCUUGCGAAAGCUCGGGAGGCCGAGUUAGUCAAUCGGUGUCCGGCCGAAACGAAAGAUCUCUGCUAUCGCCGAGCAAACGAAACCCUAGCUAGUAUAGAACUUCUUUUAAUUUAUAAAUUUAAAUUGAUUGCAACUAAUUAACAUACAAACAUACCCCCAACGAACCGAACAUAACUACUCACUUGAAAAUCGACGAAACUGUGUUAUUUUUUUGAUACUGAAUUGAUACUUCCUGUAACGAACUCUGUGAAUAAUUCGAAAUCAAAUAAAGGAAGAACAUUUUUGCGAAAUAAUUGUCGAAGAAGAACUGCUCCACAUACCGACAAUAUUUUACUUGGUCUGUGCGCGAAACAAAAAAAAGUCUACGAGAAUUAACGUAUUGACGUCAUUACACUGCAAGAAACAGUGGCAAACGAGCAGUAAAUAAACUGUUUACAUUACACAGAGUGGAGUGAGUGAGUGAGUGAAUAAAUAUACAGGUUCGUGUUAACAGCAAGGCAUGCCAAACUUUGGUCUACGACGCCCAAGGAUUUCACAGCUAAUGAUUGAGGAGAAUCCAUCGAUGACCAGGUGAAGUAUAGCAGGGACUUUCGACAGGGUCGGACCGCACCGCAUAUGCAGAAGCUUGAGAAAACUCAGAAAAAACCAUACAAAAAACGACGGCAACAUUUUUAUAUACUAAAGCUACAUAAAAAUGGCUGAAAACCAAACAAAAACGACCUCUGGCAAGGGAUGUAAUGAGAGCAGGUCCUCCCAUGUCCUGGCGCCCCACAACGGGACUGUGGCUCGCCGGGCGGAUCCUGGCUCCAGGCCCAAGGACAGCUUCCAAGCAGAAAGGGCGAGCAGCAAGCACGAUAUCGAAGACUGGCAAACGAUGGCCAAGAAUAAAUUGAAGCGCAAAAAGAAGCUGAGCACCUCCCUGACCUCAGUGGGGGACACGGUGAAUCAGGAGAAGCGCACCCGCAUCGAGGGCAUUCAAUUGCAAUGCCGCGGGAAACUGCGUCCCAAGGACACACAGUCCUUCGAGGCGGCCAAGGCGGCAACGCCAGCCGCAGGAUUAGCCAAGCCAGCUGCCAAAGUAGACAAAGAGCAGCGGGAAAGGGAACGCCCCGUAAUAAUAGGCGGCGUGACGACCACAAAUGUGAUUGCAGCACCGCCGCAGCGGAUUAAGAGGAAGCUGCAGGAGAAUCUGGACACCAUCCAGAAGCUGAAUGCCCUCACCGAACAGCUCCGGCUGGAGGUCAACGAACUGAAGUCCAGCCUGAUCACAGAACGCGGAGCUGUGAGGGCCCUCAGGGCACAAAACGACGCGGAUAGCCGCCGCUGGAAGAGCGAAGUGAAGAAGCUCCAGCACACGCUGGACAUUGCCAAGAAGAGCAAUGGUGUAAAGAAACCCAUCGAAUCGGGCCCAGAAUCGGCCGGCACACUGGUGACCGCCGAUGGCCUCAUCAACUAUGAAAUCCAAAGACUGACUAACGAGAUCGCCGUGCUAAAGGAAGCAAAUCGACCCAAGGAGGAGAAGACCCAGAUUAUGGGGCAGGCUGAUAGACUCAAGGCUGCCGAUAUGCGGCAAUUGAAGAACGCGUAUGAAAACCGAUUGACUCACAUACAGAAAUCAGCCAAAAUUGAAAUAACACGUUUGCUAGAGGAAAUCAAGACCAAAGAACGUAAUAUAGGACAACUUAAGAAGGACUUGCUGGCACUGCAGAGUCCCAAGAAACAGCAAAGGCAGCAGAAUGAAGCCAAGGUGCCAGCAGCAACGACGAAACCCAAAACGAACAUAAACGAAACGAGCCAAAAGCCAAAGAAGAAACCCACAACGAACCCGGCGAAACCCACAGGAGAAACCAAAGCCGAAAACGAACCAGAUACAGAUAUAAAAGAUAUACAAAAUCCCAUACGCCAGGCUCAAGUUACACCUGAGAUAACCCAACUCAAGAACAUUGAGCUAAUCAACAAUUCGAAAAAUGCGCAUAAAUCAGCGCUUGAGAUGCGCACAACAACAGCAACAACCACAACAUCAGUGAAGAGCAGCCAAAGCAGCGGACUGGAUGACGAGAUGCGGGCCACCACCUGGAUGACGACGCUGCACAGCAGCCAUCCGGCCCUCAAGACGAAGGACCACAACUCGGACACAGACUCGGCUCUGUCCUCGGCCCCGCCCUCCAUCAGCCCGCAGCCGCCUUCGAGCGGCUCCGACAGCGGCGUCAUCUGGCAGACACUGCAGGACAUGGACAAGCUGCAAAAGGAAGCGGAAAUGUACCAAAAGGAGAAUGAACGGCUGCACAAGGAGGUGCAACUGAUGAAACAGGAGCUAGAGACUGCGGAGCAGGCCGCUCUGUCUAGCGGCCGGAAGCAGACACAGAUCGGUGAGCUGGUGCAGCGCAUCAAGGAGUUGGAGGAUCAGAGAUCGAGCAUCGAGGAUGAGACCAGCGAGCUGCGCGAGCAAAACGAACUCCUCGAGUUUCGCAUUCUGGAGCUGGAAGACGAUAGCGAUAAGAUGGAAAGCACCUGCGAGGGCCACUGCCAGCGACUACAGGAUCUGCUGGAGCAGUCUUCGGCCCAGGAUCUGGAGGAUAGAGACAAGCGGUGCCUGCAGCAAUUGCUGCAGUGUGUCCAGCAACUGGAUCUCGAUGCUAUGAUGCCAGGAGAUCAGAACACGCACGCCCGACGGCCGAGUAACCAAACCCAAAGUCACAGCCACAACAGUCACAAUAGGAUAGUGGCCACAGUGCAGCCGUACAGCAACUGUGCCACGCCCUCGAGCCCGCCCACGCCCAGCAAAAGGCACUGCAACCAGGUGAGCUCGUGGCAGAGCAGCAGCCUCAGCGAGAGCGGAGUCUUUGUGGAGUGCGACCUUGCUCCUCUGACGCCGACGCAUUCACAGGGCCACCCGCACCUGCAGUUCUACCAGGAUCGGCUGGAGCAGCUGGAGGGGAAGCUGCUAAUCUACGAGAGCAGCGGCGAUACCCAGGCCCGACACCUGGCCCAGCGUCUGCAGAAGGAACUGCAGCUGGAGAAGGAUCUCAAGGAGCUGCUCGACAGGGUGCAACAGCUCACCGACCAGAACGCCCAGUUGGAGGAGGCCAAGUGCGAGUUUGAGGAGGCGGAGAACGACGCCCGGCUCCAUCUGCAGCGUAACGAGGUGGAAUUGGAAAUCCUGCGCCAGCGCAACGUUGAGUUGGAGUUCGGCAAAGAGGCUCUGGGAGCAAAGUACAAGGACUGCCGUGCCGAGGUGAUCAUUCUGCGCGAGGAUCUCGCAGCUGCCGAGACUCAGUUGGAACACCUGCAAUCGGAGCGAAAGCAGGCCCGAAAGGAGCUGCAGGAUCUACGGCAUUCCCUGCCACUACUGCUAAUCUUCCGGCUGCUGUCCUUGGCCAAGAUGGGCAACGAAAUGUCCACCCCAAGGCGUAGUCCCCGGCUCACCUCAGGCUACAACGCCCAGGCAGCUGAGGAGCUACGAGUUGGCGACAAGCUGCACACGACGGACUUUGGCCUGAGCCAGACGGGAUUCCACGAUGCCGGCGACGGUCGAGAGGUCUCGUACCUCAAGGAGGAGAUCAAGAGCCUGCGCUGCCAACUCAAGGAGCUGAAUGCCAGACACUACGAGGCAAUGGAGACGGCCGACUCGCACUGGGUCGAUCUGGAGCAGCAGUACAAGGAGCGCGAGGAGGCCUGUCAGUCCAAGGAGGCCAGUCUCAAGCAGAAGAUAUCCCAGCUGCAGGACUGCCUGCGGGAGGACUCCCGUGCGGCGGCCGAGAAGAUACAGCAGCUGGAGGAGGCCGAGCAGGGCUUGAAGUCCUGCCUGGUCCGUCUGACCAAGGAGCAUCGGGAUCUACUCACUGAGAACAGCACGCUGAAGUGCAGCAUGGAGAGCAUGAUAAUCAAGAUGGAAAUUGAAGCGGAGCACAAAAUGCCCCUCACCGAAGCCUUAGAAGUUGAACGGAGACGCAAUCAGACGCUCAUAGAUGACCUGUCCUUCGCCAAGAAGGUGCAGCAGAACACCGAGGACCAGCUGAGGCAGGAGACGGAUGCCCUGCGCACCCAGAUCUUCGAUAUCAAGAAGGAGUACAUGCACAUCGAGGUGACCAACAGCGAGCUGAAGGAGGAGGUGGGCACGCUGGAGAACAAAAUCCGCCAGAUGGAGACGCAGAUGAAGGACUCCGAGGAGCGGGCCCGCUGCCUAGAGGACGAGCUGCGCACCAAGGACGAGCAGUGCCAAAUUUUGGAGCGGAAGCUGGGCGUUAUCCCCGAGAACUACAGUCUGGCCGAUGAACUCUACGACAGUCCGGCCAAGCGAGCCAAGAAGGACGAGGUGCCGGACCUGCAGACGGCCAGUCAGGGUUUGGGCAUUGCCCUGCUCGACAUUGAGCGUCGCGAACGAGAGCUGCCCACCCACAAGGACUUCCUGGCGGUCGCAUGCAGCGUCAAACAACUGGCGGACACCCUCCUCUCCCAGAGUCCGUCCGAGGUGAGUCUCAUUGCCCGCAAGUCGGGCAAGUCGGCUGGUUCCGAAUCAAAAACUAGCUGGAUCUCGGUUCACGAUGGUGAAGUACAGGUUUCAAAAGAGCCUGAUGUCUCAGAAGAACCAAUUUGCGAGAAUCACGUCAGUCUAGAAACCGAAGUCUGUCAAAUCAAACCAGGCAGUGAAGUCUCUGAAGCUAACCGAGAGAGUGAAGGCUUUAAAACCAUUCCAGAUAGCGAAGAUUUCAAAACUAUUCCAGGAACUGAAGUCUCUCAAAACAAUCCAGAGAGUGAAGGCUCUCAACCUUGUCCUGAUAGUGAGGUCUCUCAAAAAAAUCCAGAUAGUGAAGUCUCUCAGCUUAAACCCGAGAGUGAAGUCACUCAAGCCAUCCCAGAAUGCCACAAGAGUGACACGAUAUUAAGCCUUAUGGCAAAUAGUCAGUCAAUUGUCCAAAGGUUGUCAUCGCGCCCCAGGAGAUUCGCGCUGGCCAGAUUUCGGCAAUCGCUGGGCUCGUCCAACAGCCGCAUGAAUCUCCAUGUCCUGGGUACUACCAAGCAUAGCAAAAAUGUCUCUCGAGCUAUGACCGAAAAUGAGUCGUUACAAACUAAUCCAGCAAGUGAAGCCUCUCAAGCUCAAGAAAGUCAGGCGGGUGAAGUUGUGCGUCAUUCAUCCUCAUAUAGAAACUUAGGCCUUAGGCCAUAUUCGGGAGGAGUUGAAGGAUCCAGCAGUCGCACAAUUUUGCAAGAUCCAGAUACUGCUAAGCAAUCAGAUGAUAACAGGGUAACCAUCUGCGAAGUUUCGUCAUCAUUGCAAAAUAUGGACAACGGGAAUGAUGGGGAGCCGACGCCCAUGAAGAAGAAGAAGGCAAAGGAGCUUUGCACUAAUGAAGAGCAGGUCUCACUUCCUCGCCGGCGUACCAUGUUCCGGCGUUUUAUUUUCCGCCGCAUCUACCGUGCUCGUCUGCGUCUUGCGUCCGCAAGAAGAUGCUCGGCAUUUCCUCUAGAAAUGAGUUCCUCCUGCAACAGUUUCCACUCGGUGGCCUCUGCGCAUACAGUUCACACGGCCAGAUCUGAGGUCUCCCUACAUUCUCAGUACGCCGACGUGUUCAACAUGGAAUGGGAGCGGGUGUCCACAGUUUCCUUUGUUCAGACCGACGAGGUACGCACUUUGGAGGUGGGGAUUCAAAUGUCUCCGGGCUGCUGCGAGCAGGAGGCGCAGGCCCGGGUGGAGACCACAGAUAGCGGCUCGCAGAUAGAAGUGUCCGUGGAGCAGCGCCUGCUCCUCAUGCCCCUGCGAACCCGCUGCUUUGUCAAUCUCGUCCAGAACGCAGUAGACACUGGCUUUGAACCGGCAGCCUUCCGAGCGCGUCUUAUUCAGCUGUGGGAGGGCGAUGAGGACUUUCGCGAGAACAUCGAACGGAUGCAGGACAUGUGGACGGGAAGAGAGCCCGCUGGGUGGGUGGAGAGCUAUGAGGGAUUCGUGGCUGUGUUGGGUUGUGUGCGAAGCUUGAAGCUAGCUGUGCAUCCCGCAUCAUCGGCGCUGCUGGAGGAGAUCGAGCAGCGGAUUAAUGCGCGCCUGGUGCAGUAUUACAACCAGAAGAUUGACUCGGAGCUCUGUUGCACCGUCUACUAUCCCGUAGAGCGCCAAACUUCGGUGUUCUUCAAUGUCUCAAAGUGAGGCCGCAUUUUUGUUUUCUGGAUAUAAUUGAACAUAAAUGUAAAUUACCGAG